CAAGGAUACAGUUCCCAGAAGUGUCCCUACAUAUGUUAGCAAGAAGGCCACUGCAUAUUUUGCUGCAAGAAAGCAUGGCAACUGAUGCAGCACCGAGCUGUGAGCCUGGGGUAAUGGAUCUCCUGAAGGAAUGCUGUGAAGCACAAAGCUGAGGAGCUUAAUCUGCUGACUGCCAGGGAGCAGGUUUUUCUUCCUAUCUCCGGGGAAGCUUGCAGACAAGACCAAGGACUGGAAGCAGACAGAGUACCAGCAGCAGAGCCGGGGUCAGGUAGUGCAGUGCAGCCCUCCUCGUUACAGCAUCCUCAUUGCAGGAACAGCGAGCUGGGAAAACUACAGUUCCCGUCACCCUUUUGUGCACCCCCCCCCCCCCCCGCGAAACUACAUUUCCCAGAACCUUAUAAUGAGCCAGAGAGGAUGUCUAUGGAAAUAAAUGCCGACGAUUUUUGCAUAACACUCUGCACCUCCGGAGUGCUGGCCUGCCUUUGGCUUGUGAAAACGGGAACAGGGGAAAACCCAGGAAGUGUCAGCGUUGUGGAGUUGUGGUUUUGCCCACCCCUAAUAGCCGCAGUGAUAUCCUCCACCACCGAGCAUCCUUCCUCCUCUCAGGAUUCCCUUGGUGGUCACAGGGAAGAUCCUGUCCCCCAAGAAACACGGCUGCUGCGGAGGGAGAGGCAGAUAAACUACAGAUCCCGGCAUUCUCCGAUAGGCAGCACCUGCGGCAGUCCCUGCACGCCGUGGGGGAGGUGGGGGUGAGGAUGAGGAUGGAGGGCAGGGAGGAGAUGCAGGGCGCCGUGGGGCUACGCUGCACCUGGGACAUCCCGCCACCCGCUGGCACCCAGGCCAAGUGGGUGAGGCUUAAUGUGGGGGGCACCGUCUUCCUCACCACCAGACAGACUCUUUGUCGGGAGCAGAAAUCUUUCCUCUGUCGCUUGUGCCAGGGCGAGGAGCUGCAAUCGGACCGGGAUGAGACUGGUGCAUACCUAAUAGACCGGGACCCCACUUACUUUGGACCCAUCCUGAAUUUCCUCCGUCAUGGGAAGCUGGUCCUGGAUAAAGAUAUGGCUGAAGAGGGGAUCUUAGAAGAAGCUGAGUUCUAUAACAUUGGUCCUUUGAUCCGAAUAAUCAAGGAUCGAAUGGAGGAGAAGGACUACACAGUCACUCAGGUGCCUCCUAAGCAUGUCUACCGUGUGCUACAGUGCCAGGAAGAAGAGCUCACUCAGAUGGUUUCCACUAUGUCAGAUGGAUGGCGCUUUGAACAGCUUGUGAACAUUGGCUCGUCCUAUAAUUAUGGGAAUGAGGAUCAGACAGAGUUCUUGUGUGUGGUCUCCAAAGAGUUGUACAACUCCCCCAGUGGCCUAAGCUCUGAGCCCAGCCAAAAAGCCAAGAGCACAGAGGAGGACCUGGAGGAGGAAGAGCAGGAGGUGGAGGAGGAGGCAGAGGCAGAGGCAGAAGGAGAAGCAGAGGAGAAAGACUGUCCAUCUAUUCGGGAUUGCGCUAAACUCUCUUCCUGCGGACCCUCCCUUCUGCUCCCCUCCGUGUCCAUCCCAGCACUGUCAUCUACCUCCCACAUUGCCCCACUCGCCAGCCUCCAGCCUCCAGCAUCCUUCCCUCUGCUCUCUUUGUCCCCCAGGGCUCAGAGUGGUCUCUGCCCAGGGCCCUGUCUCUCUCUGCUCCUCACUUUUCCUCCUCUGCAGGUAUGUUACCUGUCUGCACUCCCAGCUCCUGCCAGCCCGAGCUCUGCAUGAGUGACUCACUUCCCUCUUGUGGCUGUUACAAGCCAGAGAUCUGAGGAUGUGAGCUCAACACUCCAGCCUUUUCAUUUCUUGUUUAUAUCUUUAUUUUUGUACUGCAGUGUAUGGCAGCCCCUUGCCCCACAGUGAUGCCCUCCAGCCCCCUUCACUCUUCACAUGCAGUCAUGUUUUUUUUACAAACUCACCUCAGAGGCCUGAGCCUCCAGCCCUGGAGGAGGGCAGAUGCUUCAUGGAGCCUCUGGGCUGCUGUAGGAGCUGGAGCCCACGGCCCCCUCCUAUGCCUGGCAAUCUGGCUUUCCUUAAUGUCACAGUGGCCCCUGGUGGGGACAUAAGCAAUCAGCCACUGCAGCCUGCGGUCCCUUCCUGAGCACCCUGAAUGCGAAUGGGAACCCGAGGUGGUGGCAACUGCAGAAGGACCAGUCCUUGCCCUUUUGCUGUUGCAGGCAGUUGGUCUGGGCUUGUGGCCAGAGGGCAAAUGCACAGCCACAGUCCUUUUCUGGGCCACCUGCAUUGCUCCUUGGUGCCUCCCUCCCUAUCCCUCAGAGCAGCCCUGUGUCAGCAGGGUGAGGAGGAGGCAGGUGUGCUGCCCAGGUACCUGAUGUUGUGUCAACCAGCACCAGGAGAUCCCUGUUUUGGGGAGCGGGGCAUUUGCUUCACUGCUGUGUCUGAAGACUCCUGAAUAAAAUUCACAAUCUGUUCCUCC